GUCAAAAUGUCAACAGUUUAUCGGGUGGUGAAACAGGUGUCGGUGAAUCAUUUUCUUAUCACGUUCCCAUUCAUUCAUUUUGGCCACAAAGUUAUGAAAUGGAGAGGUGUAGAAAGUGUUGAUACAAUUCCAAGUGUUCGAUCGAUGAUUAUAGACCUUCUGCUCUAUUACAUCAUAUAUGAAUUCUUAUUUUAUUACAUCCAUAGAUUGUUACAUCACCCUAAACUUUAUAAACACAUUCACAAACAACAUCACGAGUGGACCGCCCCCAUCGCUAUAGCAGCAAUGUAUUGUCAUCCUGUAGAGCACUUGGUGUCUAAUGUGAUUCCAGUGUACGUUGUUCUAUGGCUGAAGAAGAAUUUUCCACUUACCACCUUUCUAUGGUUUACUAUAUCUAUUAUCAUGCCAUUGAUCGAGCAUUCUAAUUAUCAUCUUCCAAUUAUAAAACUAAGUGAAACGCAUAAUUUUCACCAUAAGAGAUUUAAUCAGAAUUUUGGAAAAUUGAAUGCUAUCGAUCGUUGGCAUGGAACCAACUCUCCCAUUACUAAAAUCACGAGAUUCUUUGGAAAUUUAAUAAUUCAAUCACAUUCUUUUUUGAAGAAUAUGCAUUCAAACAUCACGAAAAACAAAUAAAAAUUUGCACAAUUUGAGUGGAAAUCCUUUAAUAAAUAACACUAAAAUGUUUUAAAACCAGUUUAAAACUGAAAUUACAUUUUUUUUUAUAUUGCUGAUGAAAUAUCUUUUUUGUAAUGUGUAAAUGAAUUGUUUUCUUAAAAGUAUUAGUCAGAAUUACUAGAAAUAUUGAUAUAUCAAGUAUUUUUGACAAUGUACAGGUAUACCUCGCCUUACGUCGGUAAUUGGUUCCAG